AUGGGGAAUACCCAGUCGUCAGAGUCUAGCCAUGGGCCCGACUACGAGAGAAAGGCUCCCGCGAAGCUGGUCAAGCAGCGAUACGAUGCAAACGCCGACGACAUGCGCUUCUUUUCCUCGUCUUCUACCCCCGGUCUCAUUUUGGCGAGUGGUCACCCAGCUCGUCGCUACACCAUGCCGGCGGCACAGUCGCCAUCUGUAGCCUCGUUCGACCACUCAGUGCCACUUCCCACACGCCAAAACAGCAGCACAGCGCUCAAUCUACUUUCGACCGGCCGCGAGGCAUUGUCCAAUGCUGGCAGUAGACGAAACUCGAUGGCCGAGGAGAAGGGGAGAAAGGACCGCAACAGACGGAGCAUCUUCCGAUCAAAAUCGUCAGCCGAGACGACUCGACGCGCGAAGCCAGAGAGACGUAACACCAUAAUAGCGACUUCGGCCCCGCCAUUACCGCCCAUUGAAGGUCAGGGGGUGGCACUACCUCCGAACCGCAUGUCCUUGUUUGCUGGGCCAAGCGACUCGCCAUAUCUCGACUCAGCCGACCCCGGAAACUGGCAUAUCAACGACAAUCGAACCUCGUGGCACUACGAUCUGAAGACUUACGACGCUAAGCGGCUUCUUAACCUCGUCCAGGACAAUGCAGACGCGUCCCGGCAGGAAGAGGGCUCGGUAGGUGUUUCAGCGGCCCAGUCCGAACAACGGUUUUCGGUCGUGUCGGAGACGACGUGGAAAAGUUCACAUCCUGCACAGCUUACCGAUAACUCGCCUCUUCCUCGAGUCAACUCCGACCUCUCGAUGUACACCCCUGUUAGGCGCCGCUCAGUAAUUCAGACUCCAGGUGUUGCCACAAGGCAUAACAGCAGCAGGCCACCAUCAGUGACCCACCGCUUGAGCCAUCCUCCUACCCCGAGCAACCUUUCACGCCAGCCGUCAUUCGAAUUCGAAGCCCGUGUAAAAUCGAUGCCGCCACCUCCCAUACCAAUGCCUGAAAUGCCUCCAAUGCCCCGUGUCCGGGAUCCAGAUGAGCCUCUGGGGUUGGUUACACCUUGCGAAGGUGACUAUCAAACCAUUGGAGCUUUCAAGUUGGGAACUUUGAGGAUCACAAACGGAUGCGCUAGCCCUAUUCCCGCAAGCCCAGAGCCGGACGAGAAACACAUGAUCAACCCGCCGGCUCCGUCUUCACCGCAGCUGAUGAAUAGUUCAAGCUACUUGACAGAGAAACUCGCCGCAGUGGAAGCAUGUCGCGAUUCGGACGCCAAUGUUGCCGGAGGCAUGGAUAUAAUUAUGCCAGGCUUAAGUUCUACGCAGGCUGAUAAGAUGAAUUCUCGAUUCAGCAUCGACUUUAUCGAAUCGACUGCGGAGCUUCCUGAAACAGUGGUCGAGAAUCAGCUCUUCGAUUCCAACGCAGCAAUAUUCGAAUCCUCCCCGGCUAGUCCUUGGCUGCAGACAACCUCAAGGACGAAUGCGGUAGAGGAUAACCUAUUUGACGACGAUGUGCAACCAGAGUAUUCGAUGGUAGAGAAGCUCGACUUGCGCUUGGAUCCAAAUGCAAAACGCGACCCGAAGAGCGAUAAUCUGACCCAGGGCUUGGCAAGAAUCUCUCGGUCAGACAGUGGAUUUGUGUCAAGCUCGAAUUCGGAGUAUCCAACCCCUCAGAAGGCACUCAGCAAGACGGAUUCAGGUUACAGCUCCAACAUUUCCCUGCGUUCGCUGCGAGAUGGGCCUUCGAAGGCCAAUCCUGAAGGUGAACGUUCGUGGACAGUGGCCUUGAGGAGGAUGUCAUCUGCCGGUUCGGCUCUCGAUGCGCCCGUUCCAGACUUGAAAUUGGAUUGCACCCUGGAAGGCUCCAACCCAGAAACUGUUGCUGAGCCUCUGAGAUCACCACCGCCCCCAACGCCGCCCCCUAAAGAUUUCCCCGUGGCUGCUCUAGGUAAAACAAGCUCCUUGAAACCGGGUCAAGCGGUGACUUGCCAACAGACCGGAAAUACUGGGAGCAAACCGGACGCCCGCGAUGUUAAACCGGACACCCUUUCUCCGGCUAGCAGUUCACGUACCUGGCAGGUUGUUCCCGUACCAUCAGGGUCACCAAGCUCUCCACCCAACGCAACUUCUGAACACCCUGGCUCCGCUCUGAGUAUCGGCAGUAGCCCGGUCAAGCCUGGCAGAUUACAGAGGUUUCUCAGCAUCGGAAGCUCGGGUCGGUCUAGAACGCUGACGGCACACGCCACCCAUGUUGCUGAAGAGAUCGACAUCCCGCCCGUCCCAAAACAGAUGCGAAGAAACUUGCGCACCCAUUCUGGGCUUUUCCCGAUGACAACAAAGAGGCUGGCAAUCAGGCCACAGAGGAGCAGGGAUACCCUCAAAACCAUCAUCAGCGUGGGAAGCCUGGAGGUGCAUGCUGGCGCCAAAGACCCUCUUCCGUACAUUCCAUCAUCAAACCCGGCUAGUUCCAGUACUGUAGACUCGCCGCCUCGCACCGCUGUGGACCAUAGACAAACUUUUGCACCAUCUUCUCUCGGCCAGGUUACCUUUGCCGAAUCUGAGGCUGUUGUCGAGCCAGACCUGAUAGCACCAAACCCUACGAGAACCCCCAGCAUUCCCAGGAAACCUGUUCACAGUCGGAGUGAGAGUGUAAAGAGGAUACUGAGCACCCAGUUCCACAAGAAAGAGCCUGCGGCCCCGUCAGACAUUCCUCCUACGGCUGACCCCAAGCCCCUCGAUUGUGGUGCUGACAACAGUAAUCUGGGCAAAAACAUAUAUGAAACAGAAGCCAGGGCAAUUACCGAAGAAGGCAGGAUGCAGGGCUUGUUCUCUUCACCGACUGGCAGGGCGAAAAGUUUGACAUCGCAGGUGGAGCGCAGCUGGAGCAUCAAAAACUGGGCGUCACCUUCUCCUACACUCUCAAGCUUUGGGCCGCUGGAUACUUCUAUGCCACAAUCACCCGCAUCGAUCCCGAGUCCCUUAAUCCCGGAAAUCAUGCGGAAGAAGAAAACCACCACUCCUCCCCCAGUAAGCAUGAGAACGCGAAACCAGACGACUACUCGAGCAUCACAGCCACUGCGGGCCCUGUCGACGCCGUCUUCUCAAGGACAAUCUGAUGUGAUGGCAAAUUCGUCUAGACGGGCUAUAAGCCACGAGGUUCUUAGGCAGUCACCCUCAUCUUACGGUCGCGAGGGACCUCAUCAGCAGUUUUUGGCUGGCCUUGAGGGUUCUCAUUUGCCUGCGAACGCAUCGCCUACCAGUCACCCCCAAUUUAUGGCCCCCGACUGGCCUAUCAGAAGCGAACAUGCCAGCUUUAGCAAGCGACACAGAUCAACAGGCCAAGUGAACAACACUGAACUGUUCAUCGCAGAGCUGCCAGCGGAUAACAUAACCCAGAGGCACUCCAUAUCUGGUGCGGGAGCAUACCACAGGCCUGACUCCUCGCACCGCGCCGGCCCAGACCCUCGUUUCGGCCAAGACUUGGCCUCUCACAAUUCAGUGCGACCGCCUCCUGCUCACGCAAACCAGCAACGAGGGAUUCUCAAGCAACAGUCGUCUCCAAACUUCGAUCCCAAGUGGAGCCGCGCUCCGUCGCAGCAGUUCCAACAGCACUGGGAGCAGCAGGAACAACAACUGGGUGGGCGCUACCACCCAUACGUUCCUCGGGCUCACGGUCGGAAUCGGAGCAUGUCUUUGGCAGGACCUGCUAGUGGCCAGUCGGGCCAGGGAGUCCCGUACCGAAUCCUUCACAGCUACAACUCUCCGGCUUAUCGGAAUGCGCCCAUCUGGGGCUAA